AUGUCUAGGGUUCCAUUAAGUGAUGCUGAGGCAGCUGAGCAAGAGGAAAGAUUUCAGAGGGCACUUGCUGAGUACAUUGCUGAUCCAGACACUCCACCUAACCUUCUUGAAGGCGUUGGAUUUAGAAGAUUUUUGGAGGUGCUUAACCCGCGGUUUAAGCCUAAUUUCAAAGAGGUUGGGAGUGAAUUCUGCAAAAUCUAUAAGGAAAGGAAAGCGGGAGUUAAGGAAUUCUUGGGAAAAUUUGAUGGAAUGAUUAGCUUGUCGGUGGAGAUAUUGAGGCAUGAAAAUCCUAGUAACGGCUUCUGUCCUGAUGAUUACUUGUGCCUCUCUGCUCAUUUUGUUGAUGAGAAGUGGAAACUGCAAAAGUGGGUGCUUCACUCUCGUGGUCUUAUGCUUAAGGAGGAUUUGGGCCCGUCUGCUGUUCUUUAUGACGAUGAUGAUUGGGGUGUUUUUAGGUGGCUUGAGGAGUUUGGCAUUGAGAAGAAGAUAUCCACACUCGCUAUGAUUAAUGAUGAUGUUGGCUACGAUCAAUUGGUUGGGUGCGUGAAGAAUCACAUUCAAGAAAAGAAGGGAAUCCAACUUAAUGAUCAGUUGUUUCGUGUGUAUUGUUUUGAGGAAAUGAUAGCCACAAUGGUGCAGGGUGCAUUUAACAAGAUUAAAAAAAUAGUUGACAAGCUAUCUUUCUUGUGUGGUUUUGUAUCUAUAACUCCUGUGUGGAAUGUGACAAAUUCCCAUCUAAAAGAAGCUCUGGAGUUAUGGUCAGCGGGAGAAUACUCUUCAGUUGACACUGAUGUUGUACCCACCCCUGAGGAAUGGAAGAAAGUUGAAGGAGUUUGUAAGAUCGUAGACAGCAUAUAUGAAGUGUCAAAUGCUUUAUUUCAAGCAAAGCAACUGACUGCUAAUGUUUAUCUUUAUCACCUACAUGAGCUUCAUGAAAUUCUGACCCAAGCAUCGGUUGACUCUGAUAGUUUUGUUAAUACAGUAGUUAAGGGUAUGUUGAAAGCUUUUGACAGGUAUUGGGAUAAAAUGUUCUUGCUGUUAGGAAUAUCUGCAGCUCUGGAUCCUCGGUUUAAAAUGAAAUACGUCGAAUUUGCUUCUUCCAAAGUCAAGGGGCCGGAUGGAAGCUCACAAGCUGCAGCUGUAUUGGGGGCCUUUGACAAACUAUUUGAUGAAUAUGCACUCCGUGUUUCUGAAAAAGUGAACUGCACAAGUGAAUCAUCUGCUUCUGUAUCUGAUUCUGAAGGGGCUACUCCAAGACAUGUGAAUCAUACAUUUAGUGUGUUACAAGACUACGAGAAGUUCACUCAAUUGAAAGGCUAUCUGGAAGAACCCGUCUUACCUUGGAGUAAGGAUUUUGAUGUAUUGGCUUGGUGGAGCACUGCAGGCACCAAGUAUCCUAUUCUUUGUAAGAUUGCACGUGAUUUUUUGGCCAUUCCAGUUAUGCUUGCAACUUCACAUCAGGCAUUCAGUACUGGACCAAGGCCAGCUGAUAGAAAUAUGGUUCACAUGAAGCCCAACACACUGCAUGCCUUUAUGUGUGCUCGGAGCUGGUCUCCUAGGCAGUGAAAGAAAUUUAGGAGGUAGUAUGCUUGAUGUCUUGAAAGGUUACAUUUUGUCUUUUUGCUGCUGUAACCUGGUUUUCGAUUACCUCUCUUCUCGAAGGCUUUGGAUUAGUUCAGUACUUCAGUUAAUCAAGUGGCAUGGACAGCAAGCUUUUUGAACUCCAUUAGGAUUGAAUAUCUAAGUUUAUUUCUUAUG